CCCCCCCCCCGCCUCCCGUUGCCAUAACUGCUGUACACAAACUAACCCUUCUUGUACCUCUUCCAAAGCAAUCCCUCGCUUUGGACUAAGACCCUCUCCGCAACUGCUUCCAGUUGAGAAAACCAGUGUCUGCGCCCCUUGGGGAAAGGGACUGCUCUUAUCUGACUCCAGAAUCCUCCGGCGAAGAGAAAGAUGUCCGACGAAGAUGAUCAGGAUGACACGGAACCAGAGCAGGAUGAUCUGGAAAAAGAAGAUGAUAAGGAUACAGAGGAGUGGGAGGACUACAAGAAAGAGGGCGAAGAUUUGUCUGAGGAAUGGCCGCCCACACCCCUGACAGAGGAGAUGAUGAAGGAAGGGCUAUCUAUGCUUUGUAAGACGGGGAAUGGACUGGCUCAUGCAUAUGUUAAGCUGGAUCUUAAAGACAGAGACUUGACAGACAUCUCCUUGCUGUGCUCCUACAUCCAUCUGCGAUAUGUGGAUAUCUCUGAGAACCACCUGACAGACCUAACACCACUCAAUAACCUCACCCACCUGCUGUGGCUCAAGGCUGAUGGCAACCAGCUUCGGAGUGCCCAGCUGAAUGAACUGCCCUACCUGCAGAUCGCCAGUUUUGCCUACAAUCAGAUCACUGACACUGAAGGAAUCACUCAUCCUCGGCUAGCAAGUCUGGAUCUCAAAGGGAACCGCAUCCAGGUGGUGACUGGUCUGGACCCUGAGAAGCUGAAAAGCCUGCAUACUUUGGAGCUCCGGGCGAACCAGCUGUACACCACCGUGGGGAUCAACCUUCCUAAGCUGAAGAAACUCUUCCUGGGCCAGAACAUGCUGAAGAAAGUGGAAGGCUUGGAAAACCUAAGCGAUCUCACCACCUUACACCUGCGAGACAACCACAUUGAAACUCUGAGCGGCUUCUCCAAAGAAAUGCAGUCCCUGCAGUAUCUCAAUUUGAGGGGCAACUCGAUAAGCAGCGUGGGGGAGCUGGCCAAGCUGCGGGAAUUGCCCAAGCUUCGAGCUUUGGUGCUGCUAGAGAAUCCAUGCACGGAUGAGACUGACUACCGCCAGGAGGCUCUGGUGCAGAUGCCACACCUUGAGCGUCUGGACAAGGAGUUCUACGAGGAAGAGGAAAGGGCUGAGGCUGAUGAGAUCCGUCAGAGGAUAAAAGAUGAACAGGAGCAGGAGCCUGAGCCUGAGCAUGACCUGGACCCAGACCAGUCAUCCAUGUAGCAGCAAUGCUGGUCUCCAAGCAUAGAAAGCAACGACAGGGCCGGGCCCAAAGACCUGAUGAGUCUGCGGGGUGGUGAGCCGGAACCCCAUAUUCAUGCUCAGACAUCACAGUGCACAAAUCAAGAUGAAAGGAGCUGAAGAUGCCCGGGCUCUGCACUGGGCACCUGGGCAGGAUGGGGUGUUUGCCUGGAGCCUGCUGGGGUUUUAGGGACGGUCAGGUUUUCCAAUAAAAAGACAUGUUGGUA